AUGGUCGCAGCCAAGAAAGUGCCUCUCAAGGCCAUAAAGACACUCACCUUCUAUGCCGAUCGCUAUACACUGGGGCGGAGGACUGAUCCGAUUCCUCAACUCACUUGCAAUGGACCAGGGUGCAGAGUUUACCAACCGGACGUGGUACAGUGUACAAACAUGGGAGAUGAUGGACUAGGUGGCGUUCAGUGGAAGUGCGAUACCGACAUACCAUCCUAUCUAAGGUUGGGCAAGGUGGACGUAUCGUGUGAGGGCUGGUCGCGAGCGGGCGACUCCAACGUUCUGCAGGGCUCUUGUGGCUUGACAUAUGACCUAUUCAAAGUCAACAAAGGGCUGGAAUACGGAGAUGAUCCUUACGACCAUAUGCCAUCAAAAUUCGACCGCCAUAUCAGCUCUCUCUUCAACAUCGCUUUCUACUUGAUAGCAUUCGUCAUCCUCUACUCCAUCGCCCGGUCUCUUAUUGCCAAGUAUUUUCCGCGACACACUCCGCCUCCUCUAUCGAGAUACAACCCUUGGGGAGGGGGAGGUGGGGGUGGGGGCGGUGGCGGUGGCGGUGGACCAGGAUUCAACUCUGGACAACCUCCACCUCCCUACGUCAAGCAAGAGUACACCGAAGACUCUACGCAGGUUCCGCGAGCUACAACCUGGACACCAGGAUUCUGGACGGGUAUUGCCACCGGCGGCUUAGGCGCAUAUAUGGCCAAUCGAAAUCAGGAUACCUGGGGUAGAUAUAACAGGGGCUUUGGGGAUGGACGAGGACCUGUGGAGAACACGAGGACGAGGAGGUUUUGGGAUGACGACUACGAUUGGGAUCGAGGAGUUGGUCCUUCAAGAAGAGCUGGGGGAACCCCGCCGGGCGAGAUGAGAAGAGCCACUGGGUUUGGUGGAUCUUCUACUCGCUAG